AAGAGACAAGUUGAUUAUGAGCUUAGCGAAGAGUUGAAACCCUACCUUAAGAAAGAAAGAUUCAACAAAAUAUCUGAACUCACCAUUGAUAAAGAAAAGGAACUUGUUAGACUAUAUAACCUAGAGCCUAAGUUGCUUAAGAAGAUCAACUAUAGAAGUAACAAGAAUUACCUUUUUCUACUACAAAUAUUAUACGAGCUUUUGAAAAUUAAUGAUAAGGAUCUUUCCGAUGAGGUCCUAUUUAGCAUGGGAAGAAUAUUUAGUACCACCGAAAACCCGAUCCAUGACCAUAUCGUUGCUAGUAGAUACUUUAAAGAACUGGUCGAUGAUAAAAGUUCCAAACUGCGAUUGCAAGCAGCAGAAGCAUAUGCUAACAUUAUACGUGUUAAAGCCAUGGGUAGACUGGGUGGAUCCAACGAAGCACUUCUGUAUCUAGAAAUCGCAAUCGAUCUUAAAAGGGCAGACAUUUAUUUUGCUAUCUACUCAGUAUAUGCUGAAUUGGGUAGGAAGAAUAAUACUAGUAAAUAUCUUAAACUGGCUGCCAAUAUGAAUUAUAAUUUAGCAAUCAAAAAAU